AUGCAUCCAGAACCCCUGAAGUUUCCAGAGAAAAUUUCUUCAAACUCUCCCGGUAAACAAACAGAACCUUCGGCUUCUCUGCUCCACACUCUGCCUCUGCGUCACCAAAAAUCCUACCGUGCAGUCCUUCAACAUUCCGCUCGUUUCGGAGCUGCUAGGGAAGCAGCACUGGUCGGAGCUCAAAACCCAUCUCAAAGGCUCGAGCUUUGCCGCAGCUCUUCACCAGCUGUUCGGCUCCGGCGCCGACCAGAGCUAACUCUCAGCAAACCAUUUUUGUACAAUUUCGAGUUCAAUAUGAUGGUGAAAUUGGUUAUGUUGAAUAGGAUACGCCAGAGCACAGUAGAAUUUUCGAUGUUGAAUGCGUAUGGUGGAAGGAUUGGGAGGAGAAGUAAGGCUGAUUUGUGUAAAGUUGGGAAAUUGGACAAGGCAAAGGAUGUUGCCAAUGACACGAAGGCUUGGGGAAUUUCACCAAAUGUGGUUGCUUAUAAGACUCUGAUUGAUGGGCUUUGCAAGAUGGGUGGUUUGGGGAAAAUGUACGAAGUUGAUGCCGUUUUGACGGAGAUGGUGUCGAAUAAUGUUCGCCCGAGUCAGCUUGAUGAGGCAGGUGGUUUGCUGGAUGAAGUGCUUGGCUUGGGUGUGAAGCCAAAUGUUGUUACCUACAAUGCCCCUUAUAAAUGCAUUUUGUCGAGUGGUUUUAACGACAUUAGAAAUCAACGCUUUGCACCCAGUCUUAAUAUGUUGGUAGAUGCCUGUUGUAAGGAUGGAUUGAUGGAAAAAGCAAAUGUGUUGCGCAGUUUAAUGUUAGAGGGAGGGAUUUUCCCAACACUCUGGCAUUACUGCCGGAUUACUGAUUUGUGUAGACAGGGAAACGUUGAAAUUGCCAUGAAGAUUUUACAUGAAAUGGAGGUGAAGGGCUUGGAAGUUAAUCUCAUAAAUCAGGAAGGAAACCUCAGGUCGGAUUUGAAUGUGAGAGAACAGGUGGAGAAACAAUGCGCGCGAGCAAAUGUAGCAGUGUAUGAUGUGUUGAUCAUAGGAUAUUGUGCAAAGGGCAAGCUUGAAGAUGUGAAUGAGCUUCUUAAUGAGAUGUUGGAGAAAGGGUUGAUAGUCAAACUACUUACAAAAUAA